AUGUCGCUCGGCCUCAAGUCGACGGACCCCGAGAGCCAAGUGCUCUACGUGAGCUUCAACCAAGACGCGACGUGCAUCAGCGUCGGCACGCGCCAGGGCUUCUUCGUCUACAGCUGCGAGCCCUUUGGCCGCUCGUUCCACGAGGCCUCCGGGGGCAUUGGCAUUGCGCAGAUGCUCUUCAGCACGAGCCUUGUGGUGCUCGUGGGCGCCGGCGAACAGCCGGCCUUUUCGCCUCGGCGCCUUCGCGUCUGGAACACGAAAACGAGCGCCGCGAUCUGCGACCUCAACUUUGUCACCGCGGUGCUGAGCGUGCAGCUCAACCGCCAGCGGCUUGUCGUCGUGCUCGAGCGCAAGAUCUACAUCUUUGACAUCAACUCGAUGCAGGUGCUCAAUACGCUCGAUACGGCGCCGAAUCCCAAGGCGCUCUGCGUCCUCUCGCCUGGCGAGAACGGCCACCUCGCCUUCCCGACGGGCACCGUCCCGGGCGAGAUCGUCCUGUACGACGCCAACAACCUCAGCGUUCUCAACGCCGUCCAAGCGCACCGCGGGACGCCGGUCGCGCUGGCGUUCAACAGCACGGGCACGCUCCUCGCGACCGCAUCCGACACGGGGACCAUUCUGCGCGUCUUUGACGUGCCAAGUGGGAAGAAGAAGGCGACGUUCCGACGUGGGUCGUACCCGGCGCAGAUCUACUGCCUCGCGUUCAACGCGGCGUCGACGCUGCUCUGCUGCUCGGGCGACACGGGCACCGUCCACAUCUUUUCGCUGACCGAGACGUCGACGCGGUCGGGCUCGUUCGUCACCUUUGCGUCCAUUCCGCCCUCGCUCAACCCGCGCGGCGAGACGACGUCUGCGUCCGAUGCCGUCCUCGGCGCCGUCGGCUCGUACAUCCCGUCGUCUAUGUCGCGCAUCGCCGAGGGCACACGGGACUUUGCCUUUGCGCGGCUGCGCACAGCGCGCGUGCCCAACCUCUGCGCGAUCCAUGGGCCAAGUCAAGGCAGCUCGAAAGCGCAGCUCUUGGUCGCGACGAUCGACGGCUUCUUCUACCAGUACGCUUUCGACGUGCACGUUGGCGGCGAGUGCACCCUCGAGCGUGAGAACAUUUUGCGCGACUCGUCGUCGGAAGAAAUCACAGCCGCGUAUCUGACCUAA